GGUAUAAAAAUGUUUACAAAUAUAUUGCAUCUAUGAGGAAAUGUUUCGGUGACAUCUGAAGUAAAAAAAGUAUUUAUUCUAGUAGGUUGAUCGGUACAAAUUCAAAUUUAAAUGAGCGGCAAGGCAAAAUUUGUGCAGAGUGUUAAACCAGUGAAAACAACCCGUAACGUUUUGGUGCAACCAUUCAAAACCAAAUGGCCACUGGUCCCAGCAAAUGAUGCUGAAGUCUUCAACACAAUAUUUACAAAAGUACCGAAUAAUCUAAUGAUACAUGGCCUGAAAGAUGCUAUGCCACUGCUAAGCCAAGGAAAGGCUUGUGCAGUAUUUCUUAGCUCUGAUUUCCAUCCGCAAAUUUUAGGGAAACAAAUCAUUCGCAUGGCCCGACGUAACUCAUCACACAUUCUAAUUCUAGCAGUUGAAAAACUCCGAUGCAAUGGUUCAUGGGAAAGACUGGUUGCCAUACCUAACAGCGCAAGUUGUGAGCAACAAGUAUCCAAUUUGUUGGAGUUGAUGACACAAAUUACCAAGGCGAACGGUUAUGAAGAUGAUUUAUACCAUAUUUCCUCCGAAAACAGUAAAUCGAACUCUAAACAACAAAAAAUUAUAGAAGAGUUGAAUCCCGAAACUGUUACACGUUUACACCUCACAAGAGACGAUUUAACGAAGCGUGCAUUCGUCCCAGAAGUAUCAAUAUUCGCUCCCAAAAAAUCUUCAGUGACCGAAGAAUGCACUGACUACAUUUCGUUUAAAAGAAAUAGUCCGGUAGAAAUGGAAGUUGAAUCCGAUAUGAGAUCAACAACAACGUCGUACUCUAGAAAAAAACACGGUCCUGGUAAACUAACAAAAGAUAGUACGGUUUACGUUCCUCUAACUGUUAACCGUAUUCAGGGAAAUCUCAACCGAAAGAAACGAAAAUUACAAACGAAAUAA